AUGGCUCCCCAUCUCAUCCUCCUCCUCUUCCUCAUCUUCCCAGACUCUCAGCAGAGGGCAGCAGACGACUUUGUUGAGUGGGUCAAGGGCCUUCCAAAGACAGCCAUGCAGGAGCUCAGCAAAUGCUUACUGGAAUUUGAUGAACAUGCCACUGUUGAGGCAUUGCAGGCUGAACUGAUCAGCCUUGCACAACAGUGGGAAAGACUGAAACAUUCAGCAUUGGAGGAGUACAACACCUGGGCCACCGCCGCCAGUGAUGAAUCGGGGAAGGCUUUGAGGAUCCUGAUGAAAGUGGAGUUGUACAAUCUGCUCACGGAUGCGUAUCACAUCAUGGGUCUGGGCUACAAGUUCCUCCUCACCCUAUCCGUCACUCAGGUGGCUUUGAGGCAUGUGUCUGUGCAGACUGGAGGCUCCAUCACCUUCCCAUGUCACUAUGAUCUGAAUCACAUCAACCAUGUGAAAUACUGGUGUAAAGGAUUAGGUUGGGAAGUAUGUUCUUAUGUAGUACGUACUGACCAUCCUAAGAGCAGUGGUAAGACCUCAAUCUCUGAUGACAUCAACAAGAGAAUCUUCACUGUGACCAUGACUGACCUGACGUCAUGGGACUAUGGGAAUUACAGGUGUGUUGUGGAGAUCAAUGGAGGAACAGAUAUCAUGAUACAAUGGUUCUACCUGUCUGUCACUCCAGGUACUCCAGAACUCUAUGUGGAACAACAGGAAGUGACUGGAGUAGAAGGAGGGAGUGUCACUGUCUGUUGUUACUAUAGUAAUUCUGGAGAUAUGAAGUGGUGCAGGAUGGGUGGUGAUUGUGUGAAUGGGUAUUCUGGGACUUUACAUGGAACAUCAGUGACAUUAACGCGGACUAGUGAUGCCAACAACAGAAAAGUCUUAACAGUGACUAUGAGUGGACUGAAGAUGGAGAACACUGACUGGUAUUGGUGUAGAGUUGGAAAACUAGAGAUGCCUGUUCACAUCACUGUCAGUCAACAAACUGCAACACAGAGAACCUCUAAGAUGACCUCAACAACCCAAGAUCCAACCCCUCAACAACCCUCUGCCUCUCCAACUGCUGAGCCUGUUCAGACUGACAACACAAGUCAAGGAGCUGAGGGGAACAUGGAGGAAGUCCACCAGAGGUCUGUGAAAGUCCUACUCAUCUCUCUGGGCAUGUUGGUGGUGGUGACAGCUGGUAUCCUAGUAACAUGGAAGAUGUGGAGAAGGCAUAAGGACAAUAAGGCCAAGGACCAGACAACUACAGUGCUCAAUAUGUUGAAAAAUGUUGUUAAUACUAACCAACCAGAUUGA